AUGAGCAAGCGAGCAGCUGGAAACAAUUGGGAGAGCGGCGAAAGCAGAUACGGCGGAGCAGCGCCUGGCAUGGAUAACACAGACAAGCCCAUGCAGGCUACGGCCGCGCAGAUGGCCAACAGAAAUUGGCUGCGGGAGCGGUUGUUAACCGCACACUCCACGAAACACCCACACCACGCUCGCGUACCAACUCGCACCACCAUCGCACUCUUCCACAGUUCCACCGCCGUCAUGGCGCCGCAUAUCCUACCAGAAUACACCUUGAUGAGGACCUGGUUCCUCACGCGCGUCUCGAAGUACAAGGAGCUGGACAAGACGAUCGUGAGGGAAUACGAGCAAUAUGUCGGGCUUUUGCCUGAGGAGUUUUUGAAAUACGGCCUGGGUAGAACUGACGUCAAAGCUAGAAUCGCAGCGGCGAAGAGAUCAGCCAGCGCACGCGCUCGCAGCGGCAGUCCAGCUAUCAAUAUGCCGCCGCAGCCGAAUCCAUUCGGUGGAGGAGGUGGUGGUGGCAUGUUCGGCGGCGGCGCGAUGCAGCAACCCCAGCAACAGCAGCAGCAGCCCGCGGCCAAUCCUUUUACUGCCAGCAGCUUCGAUUUCAAUUUCGGUGGCAAUCAGACAAACGGCACCUCGACCAAUAACCCUUUCGCAUUUGGCGCAUCUGCGCCAGCACCUUCCCAACCCCAGCAGAACGGCAUUUCGAACAUGUUUGGCCAGUCAGCAGCUCCAAGCUUCGGCUCUGGCACGGCCACUUCAUUUGGCACCAAUGCCUCGCAGCCACAGCAGAAUGGCUUCAACCCGUCUACCUCGAUGUUCAAUCAGCCGUCGCAGUCACAGCAGACCAACAGUACCGGUUUCGGCUUUGGCCAGAUUCCUUCCACUCCGCAGAAUGGCACCAGCACGCCGACCACCAGCUUUGGCGGUUUCGGCAGCCAGGCACCGCAGAGUAACACGAAUGGCAACGUGAGCUUCAAUUUCGGUGGAGCUGCUCAAGAGAAGCAGGAGCCAAAGCCAUCAACUCCCUUCGCAAGCUUUGGCCAGACACCCACAGCGAGCAAUAAUCAACCAUCCAAUCCAUUUGGCAACUUGGGCCAGAAUACACAGCAGAAUGGUGACAAGCAGAGUACUCCACUCGCCGGCUUUGGUACGCAGAAUACACAGCAGAAUGGCACAUUGUUCUCGGGCAUCGGGCAAGAGAAGCCAAAGCAGAAUGGAGAGAGCAGCAGCAACCUGUUCGGAAACAUUGGACAGCAAAAGACGCCAGAGCCUGAGCAGUCGAACACGCUGUUCUCAGGAAUUGGUCAGAAGCCUGUCGAGAGUACGGGAACUAGCAGUAAUCUGUUCGGCAAUCUCGGACAAAAGCCAUUGAGCAGCGCCGGCAACAAUCUAUUUCCCGCUGCUUCUCUGCCAGAGCAACAAACUCCAAAGCCGACAACAAGCCUUUUCAGCGGCCUUUCCAACACGCCUUCGACAAGCCUUUUCAAUGCUCCAUCCAGCUCAGUGCCUGCAAGCACCGGCAAAGGCCUGUUCGGCUCUCAGACCAUGUCGAAUGAGCCUAGCAAGGUUACUGGCAGUGUCUUCGAUAACCUUCCACCUAGGGAGACUCCACAGUUUGGAUCACACAUUCCAGGCCAAGCGUACAAGGAAGGCGACGAUGAAGAGGGACAACAGGCUGAGAGCGGCAAGAUCGAGCUUUUCCCGAAAUCGAAAGAAGCAGAACAGGCGCCGCCAUCAAACCUAUUCGGAGGGGUUGGUUCCACUGAAGCAGCGUCGGGCAGCUCGCUGUUCAAGCUGAGCGCGGCUCAGCAAGAUACCAGCAUGACUACUCCGAGUGCCACACCACAAAAGCCGCUCUUUGCUCCAUCCGAGAUGCCAGCGACACAACCUUCAGCAGCACGAUCGCUGUUCGACCGGAUCGAUGCGCCCGCUCCUUCGGCCACCUCAGCUUCACAGCCGGCGAAGUCAUUGUUUGAUCGGACAGAGCAGAAUCCAGACGAGACGCCCAAGGCGUCAUUGUUCAAUAACGCUUCUGCAACACCAGCUGCCGCGAAGCCUAUGUUCUCGCAGCCAGCUCCAACACCCGAGGCACCAUCUGCCUCGAUAUUCCAGAAGCCAGCUUCGUCUGCACAUAUUCAGGUGCCAUCAAAGAACAUGUUCUCGCAAACUCCAGCAGCCUCAUCUACUGCAGCUCUGCCCGCAGCGGCGCAAUCGUCCACGCCUAAGCAGCCUGUGCCACCAGCCAAGCACACGUUCAAAGAAUCCGGCAGAACCGGCUACCGACCCGUGGCUGCUGCCCAAGGAGCACUAAGUGAGUCUCAGAGAGCUUCAUUCGAGAAGUUGAACGACGCACUUCUGGCGCACAUCAACAAGUUAGAGACCAACCAGGACUUGAGCGAGAUAUUUAGAUUCGCUCUGGUCGCAUCUGCAGACAUUGCUGGCCGAUCACGACCAACUGAGUCUGAACUCCACCCUGCGCCUCCUCAGGCAGCUAUUCCUGCAUCAGCUGCUGCCGGAUCUGGCAACAUUUCCUCUGCGGCUUCUGCAAAUGCGACGACGUCGUCUGGUAAGCAACCAGUCCAAGGCUCGGGCUCAAGCACGGCCGCGCCAUCACAGACCAAUCUGUUCGCGCAGACGCCGAAGGCGGCUCCAGUAACGAACCUGUUCAGCCAGCCGCCAACUACCGCACCUACCAAGAAGCGGUUGUUCGAAGAGGAUAGCGAUGAUCUGGCACAACAGCCCGCUACAGAGAAGCGCAUUAAGCCGAACGAGCCACAACAAUAUCCGACCCUCCCUGCUGCGGCGAGUAAUACCGCCAAACUUUUCGCUUCCACGCUCGACAAGCCUCAAGGAGAGGAGACACCGAAGCCAGCAUCCACAUCUGGCUUCAGUCCAUCAACGAAAUCACUGUUUCCCGCGCCGACUUCCGGAUCUGGAACAUCAAAGCCAGCGACUUCAGGCUUCACGCCAUCCUUUGGCGCCCAGACGAGUACUGCAAGACCUUCUGGUUUCACUCCAGCCGGCGGUGCUACUGCUGGUAGCAGUUUCUUGAGCUCGUUUGAAGCCGCUGCGAAGGCACAAGAGGAGCAAGAUCGCAAGAAACGUAAGUCAGAUGACUACGACAGCGACGAAGAGACCGAGGAGCAAUGGCUCAAGCGUGAUAAGGAGAAGCAGGAGGCGAAGCGACAGAAGAUUGAGGAGGCAGCGAAGAGCGCCAAGGGCUUCAGCUUCACGACCUCCACAUCCAAUGGCCCAACUUCACCUGCGAAGCAGCCGACUGCCGCAGCUUUGGAGAAGGCACAGGGCAAGGGCGAUAACACAUGGAAGCCUGAGACGCCCAUCAAGUUCAGCCUAUUCAAUGCUGGCGAUAAUGCGUCUACGACACCUGCUGUCUCGCCGCCCAAGCUUGGCGGCGGAAGUCUGUUUGCAAACAGCGCAGUUGGAAAGGCCGCCGGUGGCGGUCUUUUUAGUGCCGGAUCCGCAUCUACCGACACCUCAAGCAAGCUUGCGCCGCCAUCUACCGGAUUCAACUUCAGCUCUCAGCCUUCGUCACUCGGCGUUUCACGUGCAACUACGCCUGGUGUCACGACUGACGGCGAGGCUUCUACGGCGGCAGAGGGCGAAGAUGUGGAUGUAGAGACCUCAAACGAUCCACAAGCUGAGGAUCAGACUGGAUUGACGACUGAGGAGCAAGACGCGAAUGAUGUCUUAGGCGAGUUCCAUGAUGUCAAGACCUCGAAAUUCGAGCUCAACGACCAAGGUCAGAAGAAGUGGGUGCCAAAGGGCUUUGGUGUUGUCUACCUACUCAAGGACAAGGAGACCGGAAAGACACGGAUCCUUUCGAGAGUCGGCACUGGCAAGCUGACACUCAACUACAAUCCUCUGAAGGGCAGCAAGUAUGCGAUCCACCCAAAGAAAGAUACAAUGGUCACCGCAGCAUUCUGGGACCAUCUCCACACGACCGAGCCUGCUCUCGGUCAAUUCAUUAUGACUACGAGCAAGGCAGCCGAUGCAAGCGAAUUGGCACGCAUCUUGACGGAAGGCACACCGCAGUGA